UAUCAAUGUCCUGUUCAGAUUGAUUACGUGCUGGCAUACGAAGAAGAUGGUAAUGAUGCCAGUGAAUCACCAUCUACUGCUGACUUUGAAAAAUUAGAUCAAGACGUAGAUCAAGAUGAAGACACUGAGGACAAAAACACUCCUCAAACGGCUAGCAGUACAAAAGAGAAGAAACAGAAUAGGAGAUUCUAUUUUGAGACAAAUCUGCAAAAAAUGGGAUUACAGAUUGAACGAGUUAUGAUUUCACCGAAUGAUCGAACCUCGCUUCCCGGUUUCUUGGAUAGUAUACUUUCGAAGAUUGGCAUUUUUGAUUUCGAACCGCGUGUGAAGAAAGUUCUGGAAGAGCCAGACUUCUUCACUGCGCCAUAUUCUAGUGACAGGCGAAAACAGUUUGUCAAUUGGGAUCGCCCAGACAUUCUAUUUCCACAUGCCGAACGAUCUCGAAUGGUGUAUGACUUGCUUACCAGAGCUCAUUACGAUGAUCCGCGCUUAAAUUCCAAGGGAAAGACGCAAAAUCACUACCGAUUUGGAAUUGAACGAUUAGUGGCUCAGGGUGUUUACACUGCUGCUUAUCCAUUACAUCAGACACUGAGAAAUGACAGCAGCGAGAUGAGCAAAGGAAAUGAAGUGUCGCAAAGAGAGUUGCUUUACAAUCAUUGGGUAUCCUAUAGAAAUGUACUGAAGUACCAACCUCUUGACUGCAUCAAGAGGUACUUCGGCUCGAAAGUAGCGUUCUACUUUGCAUGGCUAGGCUACUACACCAGAUCUUUGUACUUGGCUGCCUUUGUAGGAAUCAUUUCCGUGCUGUUUGGGUUCUUGAACGUAUCUGAAGAUAUAGUUAGGUGA